CCGGUUGCUACAACAGACCCCGCACGCCGCGGCCGAGUCGCCACCGCGGGCUGCAGCUGGACAGGGCCAGGCGGGGAGGGGGCGACCGGCCUCCGCGUGGGGGAGGAGGCCCCGGCGAGGGGCGCACGCGAGUCCCGGGCCGCGCGUCCUUUGGCGCCAAGAGGACCCCUCCCCCACCCUCGCUGGCCCCGACCGCCGGCGGCCGGCCGGGGGAAGGGCUGUCCCGCCGCCCCUGCCCGGAGCCCCCAGCCCGGCUGCCGCGCGGGGCGGGGCCGCGGCGUCCCCCUCGCCCCCCACCCGGACACCUGAGCGGCGGCGGCCGCGGCUCCCGCGCUCCGGCCAGCGGGGCUCGGCGUAGCUCCGGAGCCCGCGGCCGAGCCCGGAGAGCGCAGACGCCCGCCCUUCCCUGGGGGCUCCGACCCGCCCGGACUCCCGGAGCCGCGCGCCGAGCCAGCUCUGGACAUGUCUCCUGUCUCCUUGCCCUGACCCUUUGGAGUGCAGUUGGUUCUGGUUCCGAGCAGCCUUCCUGCGGGGCCCAGUCUGCCAGCGCCUCUGACACGCGCAGCCAUGCCACGUAGCCCUACGUCCAGCGAGGACGAGAUGGCCCAGAGCUGCUCAGACUCCACGGAGGAGUCGGAGUCGGACAGUUCCAAGGGGGAGACCAUCUACGACACCAUCCGGGCCACGGCCCAGAAGCCAGGCGGCACCAGGGCGGAGGAGGGCCAGGCCCACACGCUGGUGCUGCGCAUCGUCAUCGAGGACCUGCAGCAGACGAAGUGCAUUCGAUUCAACCCGGAUGCCACAGUAUGGGUUGCAAAGCAGCGGAUUCUGUGCUCACUGAACCAGAGCCUGAAGGACGUCCUGAACUACGGGCUGUUCCAGCCGGCCAGCAACGGGCGCGACGGCAAGUUCCUGGACGAGGAGCGGCUGCUGCGCGAGUACCCGCAGCCCAUGGGCAAGGGCAUCCCGUCCCUGGAGUUUCGCUACAAGAAGCGGGUGUAUAGGCAGACCAACCUGGACGAGAAACAGCUGGCCAAGCUGCACACGAAGAACAAUUUGAAAAAAUGCAUGGAUCACAUCCAGCAUCGGUCAGUGGAGAAGAUCGUCAAGAUGCUGGACCGAGGCCUGGAUCCGAAUUUCCACGACCUGGAGACUGGAGAGACUCCCCUGACCUUGGCCGCUCAGCUGGACGACCCCGCGGAGAUGAUCAAGGCCCUCCGGAACGGCGGGGCCCACCUAGACUUCCGCGCCAAGGAUGGGAUGACAGCUCUGCACAAAGCCGCCCGCACCAGGAACCUGCUGGCCCUGAAGACCCUCUUGGAGCUUGGCGCAUCCCCGGAUUACAAGGACAGCUACGGCCUGACCCCACUGUAUCAUACGGCGGUGGUCGGGGGUGACCCCUGCUGCUGUGAGCUGCUGCUCCACGAGCACGCGGCCGUGAGCUGCAAAGAUGAGAAUGGCUGGCACGAAAUCCACCAGGCCUGCAGGUACGGCCACGUGCAGCAUCUGGAGCACCUGCUCUUCUACGGGGCCGACAUGGGGGCCCAGAAUGCCUCGGGGAACACCGCCCUGCACAUCUGCGCCCUCUACAACCAGGACAGCUGUGCACGUGUGCUUCUGUUUCGAGGUGGAGAUAAGGAACUGAAGAAUUACAACAGCCAGACCCCGUUCCAGGUGGCGAUCAUCGCCGGCAACUUCGAGCUGGCCGAGUACAUCAAGAACCACAAGGAGACCGACGUUGUACCCCUCGUGCCAACCAGGAGGACUGUCCCUGCGGCUCCUCCUCUGUCCCGUCGCCCUGCCAGCGGCUGGGCGCAGUCUUGCAUCUUGGAAGAGCCCUCUGGCCUGUUCCCUCCGGCCCCGGGCUUACACCGGACGUGCAGCGGGGAGCAGGCCCACUGGACCAGCAGCGUGCCCUUCCGAGAGGCCCCGGCGUACUCCAACCGCAGGAGGCGGCCCCCCAGCACGCUGGCCGCCCCGCGGCUCCUGCUGCGCUCCAACAGCGACAACAACCUCAACGCCGGGGCACCUGACUGGGCUGUCUGCGCGGCCACCUCCCACCUCAGCCUCUCGCCCCAGCUGUUGCAGCAGACGCCCAGCAAGGCCGACGGGGCCGCCAAGACCCUCGGGAGCUACACCCCCGGGCCCCGUAGCCGGUCGCCCUCGCUCAACAGGCUGGGCGGAGCCGGCGAGGACGCCAAGAGGCCCCAGCAGCCCUGGCACGUCGGCCCAGCUUUCCCGCCAGGAGCCAACAAGGACGCGCUGUCCGCCUUUGAGUACCCGGGGCCCAGACGGAAGCUGUACAGCGCGGUGCCUGGGAGGCUCUUCGUCGUCGUCAAGCCAUACCAACCCCAGGUCGAUGGCGAGAUCCCCCUGCACCGUGGCGACAGGGUCAAAGUUCUGAGCAUCGGCGAAGGUGGCUUCUGGGAAGGCAGCGCCCGUGGCCACAUCGGAUGGUUCCCCGCGGAGUGUGUGGAGGAGGUCCACUGCAGGCCCCGGGACAGCCAGGCAGAAACUCGUGCAGACCGCAGCAAGAAACUCUUCCGGCACUACACAGUCGGCUCCUACGACAGCUUCGAUGCCUCCAGCGACUGCGUUAUCGAGGAGAAGACCGUCGUCCUGCAGAAGAAAGACAAUGAGGGCUUCGGAUUCGUGCUCCGAGGGGCGAAAGCGGAUACGCCCAUCGAAGAAUUCACACCCACGCCGGCGUUCCCAGCCCUGCAGUACCUGGAGUCUGUGGAUGAAGGCGGGGUGGCAUGGCAAGCCGGACUGAGGACCGGGGACUUCUUGAUUGAGGUGAACAAUGAGAACGUCGUCAAGGUCGGCCACCGGCAGGUCGUGACCAUGAUCCGCCAGGGAGGGAACCACCUGGUCCUCAAGGUGGUCACGGUGACCAGGAGUCUGGACCCGGAUGACACCGCCCGGAAGAAAGCUCCUCCGCCUCCAAAGCGAGCUCCGACCACGGCCCUCACCCUGCGCUCCAAGUCCAUGACCUCGGAGCUGGAGGAGCUCGCCUCCGUCCGGAAGAAGAAGGAUAAACCCGAGGAGAUCGUCCCAGCCCCCAAGCCAUCCCGGGCGGCCGAGAGCGUGGCGCUGGAGUCCAGGGUAGCCACCAUCAAGCAGCGGCCCACCAGCCGGUGCUUCCCCUCCGUCUCGGACAUGAACUCCGUGUACGAACGCCAGGGCAUCGCCGUGAUGACGCCCACCGUCCCCGGGAGCCCGAAGGGCCCGUUCCUGGGCCUCCCUCGAGGUACGAUGCGGAGGCAGAAGUCAAUAGACAGCAGAAUCUUUCUAUCAGGGAUAACGGAGGAGGAGCGGCAGUUUCUGGCCCCGCCGAUGCUCAAGUUCACCAGAAGCCUGUCCAUGCCAGACACCUCCGAGGACAUCCCGCCCCCGCCACAGUCGGUGCCCCCGUCUCCACCGCCCCCCUCCCCCACCGCCUACAACUGCCCCAAGUCCCCGACUCCGCGAGUCUACGGGACGAUCAAGCCCGCGCUCAACCAGAACCCCGCCGCCAAGGUGUCCCCGGCCGCCCGCUCCGACACGGUGGCCACCAUGGUGCGGGAGAAGGGGCUCUACCACAGGCGGGAGGUCGACCGCUACUCCCUGGACUCCGAGGACCUCUACAGUCGCGGCGCCGGCCCCCAGGCCAACUUCCGCGGCAAGAGGGGCCAGAUGCCCGAAAACCCCUACUCCGAGGUGGGGAAGAUCGCCAGCAAGGCCGUGUAUGUGCCGGCCAAGCCCGCCCGGCGGAAGGGCAUGCUGGUGAAGCAGUCCAACGUGGAGGACAGCCCCGAGAAGACGUGCUCCAUCCCCAUCCCCACCAUCAUCGUCAAGGAGCCCUCCACCAGCAGCAGCGGCAAGAGCAGCCAGGGCAGCAGCGUGGAGGCCGACCCGCAGGCCUCGGAGCAGCCCGGCCAGCUGCGGCCGGACGACAGCCUGGCCGCCAGCAGCCCCUUCGCCGCCGCCAUCGCCGGGGCCGUCCGCGACCGCGAGAAGCGGCUGGAGGCCCGGAGGAACUCCCCGGCCUUCCUGUCCACGGACCUGGGGGACGAGGACGUGGGCCUCGGGCCACCCGCCCCCCGGGCGCGCCCCUCCAAGUUCCCCGAGGAGGGCGGCUUCGGCGAGGAGGACGGCACGGAGCCGCUGUCGUCACCGGCACCCCGGGAGCCUGAGAACCACUUUGUGGGUGUGGGUGAGGCCGGAGCUCAGGGUGAGGCUGGCAGGCUGCCGAACGCUCCGGGCCAAGCCAAGGCACCAGAGGGCAGCCCCGCGGCGCCCCCCCGGAGCGGCAACGUUGCCGGCCCCGAGAACUACGUGCAUCCACUCACCGGGCGGCUGCUGGACCCCAGCUCGCCGCUGGCCCUGGCGCUGUCGGCGAGGGACCGGGCCCUGAAGGAGUCCCAGCAGGGCCCCAAAGGGGAGGCCCCCAAGGCUGACCUCAACAAGCCUCUCUACAUCGACACCAAAAUGCGGCCCAGCGGGGAAGCGGGCUUCCCUCCGGUCGGCAGGCAGAGCGGGCGGGGGCCCCUGCGGCGGCAGGAGACAGAGAACAAGUACGAGGCCGACCCGGGCAAGGAGCGCAGGGACGACAAGAAGGGCGUGCUCGGCAGCAUCGUGGACGCGUCCCAGCAGAAGUCAGCCGGGCUGCUGAUGGUCCACACGGUGGACGCGGCCAGGCCGGAGGACUUCUUGCAGGAAGAGGACGAGAAAGCCGACCUGGAAACGCAGCCAGACCAUCCGCCAUCCGAGGCGCCCGAAGGCGCCCCCGAAACUGAAGGUGCUUUCCCGACCCCCGCAGGCCCCGAGCCCGCGGCCGCCCCCGCCACCGCGCCUGGCAGGACCAUCGUGGCGGCGGGCUCCAUGGAGGAGGCGGUGAUCCUGCCGUUCCGCAUCCCUCCCCCGCCUCUGGCGUCCGUGGACCUGGACGAGGAUUUUAUUUUCACAGAGCCAUUGCCUCCUCCCCUGGAAUUUGCCAAUAGUUUUGAUAUCCCCGAUGACCGGGUUGCUUCUGUCCCCGCUCUCUCAGACCUGGUCAAGCAGAAAAAAAACGACACUUCCCAGUCCCCUUCCUUGAACUCCAGCCAGCCAACCAACUCCGCAGACAGUAAGAAGCCGGCUGGUCUCUCAAACUGUCUGCCCGCCUCAUUCCUGCCGCCCCCUGAAAGCUUUGACGCCGUCACGGACUCUGGGAUCGAGGAGGUGGACAGCCGGAGCAGCAGCGACCACCACCUCGAGACGACCAGCACCAUCUCCACGGUGUCCAGCAUCUCCACCCUGUCCUCCGAGGGCGGGGAGAAUGCAGACACCUGCACAGUCUAUGCAGACGGGCAAGCCUUUAUGGUUGACAAACCCCCAGUACCUCCCAAGCCAAAAAUGAAACCCAUAGUCCACAAAGGCAACACCCUCUACCACGACGCGCUGCUGGAAGAGGACGUGGACAGCUUUGUGAUCCCCCCACCCGCACCUCCGCCGCCGCCUGGCGGGGCCCAGCCUGGCCCCACGAAGGUCAUCCAGCCAAGGACCUCCAGGCUGUGGGGGGACGUCUCGGAGGUCAAAAGCCCGAUUCUCUCAGGCCCAAAGGCGAACGUGAUUAGUGAGUUAAACUCAAUCCUGCAGCAAAUGAACCGAGAGAAAUCCGCAAAGCCAGGGGAAGGACUGGAACCGACGCCGGGAACCAAGCCUGCCGGCCUCGCCCCCAGAGGCCCCGAGGUCAUGAGCACCGUUUCAGGUACGCGGAGCACAACGGUCACCUUCACCGUUCGCCCUGGGACCUCCCAGCCCAUCACCCUGCAGAGCCGGCCCCCGGACUAUGAGAGCAGGAACUCAGGACCCAGACGCGCCCCCAGCCCCGUGGUCUCGCCAACAGAGCUGAGCAAAGAGGUCCUGCCCGCCCCGCUGCCCGCCGCCACAGCGGCCCCCUCGCCCACCCUCUCGGAUGUCUUCAGCCUUCCAAGCCAGCCCCCGCCCGGGGACCUGUUUGGCUUGAACCCAGUGGGACGCAGCAGGUCGCCGUCCCCCUCCAUCCUGCAACAGCCAAUCUCCAAUAAGCCUUUUACAACUAAGCCUGUCCACCUGUGGACUAAACCCGACGUGGCGGACUGGCUGGAAAGUCUGAACCUGGGUGAGCAUAAAGAGGCCUUCAUGGACAAUGAGAUCGACGGCAGCCACCUCCCAAACCUCCAGAAAGAAGACCUCAUAGAUCUGGGCGUGACUCGAGUCGGGCACAGAAUGAACAUAGAAAGGGCUCUCAAACAGCUGCUGGACAGAUAAGGGUGGCUGCUCCUUACCGUCACAGACUCCUUGUUAUAAAUAGAGAUGGGCUUGCACUGAGAUGUUUGGAUGGUGAGCGCCAGCCCCGUUCCGUGGGCUGGUCUCCUGGGGACCCAGAGAAGCAUGUGUGUCCGCGACGUGGCUGAGCCGAAGGCCCCGGCUCUCUGUGUGGGCUCCUUUGGGCUGUUUCUGUCAAAGAGGGGACCAGGGAGGGGUCCUUCCAAGGUGGAAAGGGAUGCGUGCGCAGCCUGCCUCCUGCGUGCCGGCAACCUCACCUCGCCCGGCCCGCGCGGGCGCCAUGCUCCAGCAGGCAGGCGCCCCUGCACUCUAGACACAUACCUCCCGCGGCCUCCCUGCGCGCCCGGCGGCCCCCGGCUUGGCGCCAGGGCCCUCCAUCUGCGGCCUCUCGAGGGCACGCGGUGCUCACGCGCUCCUUCUUUUCUGGACGUGGCUCGCAGCGAGACGCCCACAGAUGUGCAUACCCGGUGCCCUUUCUGGAAGGUGGAGAAGCGUCUCCCCUUUUCUGUGGAUCCUUUCCCACCCCUCCGACGUGCACCCGUGCUUCUCUGGCCCGUUGAGGCUCUUGGCAGUGAUGGGUUGUUCUGAAUGGGAUCGUGCCCAGCUUUGCUUAGCUUUCCUUCUUUCUGCAAGUCUAUUAGCAUAAUUCCAAAGUGGCCAAACAGAUGUCACGUGGAGUUAGUCGAAGCACAAAGUCACGAUUCCAGGGCGGAGGGAGGCCCGGCUGCCCGUGCGCGGCUCCAGGGCCAGCGUGUCCCUGGGUGGAAGCAGCUGUCAGCCGGGAGCGGCUGUCCAGGAGCAUGGGAAGGGGCUUCUCUGCCUUCCAGCAUUCUUUAAAUUGAGAGGUGCGUUGAAUUCUGCAGACCUCGGAGCAGGUGAGCAUCCACUCUGACACGCAGGAUGACACAAGGUCCGUGGUGGGCAUGGCUGCUGCUGGAUGCUGGCAGGGGCGGGGGGGGUGGGGAGGCCUGGCCGCUCCCAGCUCUUGAGCCCCACCAAGGGCAAGCAUCACUGCUGAGACAGCCCUUUCAUCCUCUGAGGCCAGGGAAGACGGUACUGAGGGGCCUUCCCCCUUUUCCUCUGAGUGUCCAGGAAUCCCACCAGCUUGUCUUAAUAGUACAACAGGUUUUCAGAAAACCCAGUGGGCAUGGCACACAGACAGGACCCGGGGUGAGGACGCAAAGCAGAGAGAUGAAGGAAGGACAGAGCAGGGAGGGCUCACGGGCGGCAGUCUGGCCUCGGGCAAGGCUUUCCUGGGCCUUGCACCCUUCAUUCCCCCGAGCCCCCUUCCUUGUGACAAUACCUCUGAUUUCCACGGGAGGUCGCCACCGGCACCCAAGUCACAGAACACCCAGUGAGGAGUCAGCACGUCCUCCCACAUAUGGAAGAAUGUCAAGCUUUUGGCUUCUAUUAUGAUUUCAGAACUAGCCUAGCCCAUCUCUAAUUAUAAAAACAUGAUUUUUUUUCCUUUUUUUCUUUACGCUCACAAUCAAGUGUCUGAUUAGGUCUGGAACAGCUCUAGAAUGAACACAUAAAAUUUAGCAAUUUAAAAUCUUUCUUUACUGCAAGUUCAAAUAGUUGUACAGAUAGUUUAUAAGCACAAUAUUUUAAGGAAAAAAAAGUGGCUGGUCUACUAGGCAGCCUUUGUGCCACUUCAGUGCUAGAAAGUUAAAGAAAAACAAACUUUUGUGAUUUAAUACUACUAUUUCUGUGGAAUAAUUAUAAAAGUAUGACCUUUUUAAAUCAACCUUAUUGGAUGCAUCUGAACCAGCAGAGCUGUGUUAUAUUUUCUAUCUUUGCUAGAACUUCGACAUCGAAGGACAAUUAUUUCUUCAAAAGUGGUUGUAAUUCACAAUGCAGCAGUUUUCUGCAAAAACAAACACUCACCACACACACAGUUUUUCCAGCCACAUGUCCCUGAAUUGGAAAUUGAGUUUUGGACCUUCUGUUCCAAAACCUAUUGCAGGUCAAUCUUGGUAUUUGAAUGAAGUCAAUUUAAUAUUCAGGUGUUUUACUUCCAUGUACUUUCGAUUUUUCCAUCAUGAGAUGAAUAUGACCCCAGAGAAGUUUCAAGCCAAGAUACUACGGGUGGCCUGCUAAGGCUGCCGACAGUUCGGAAAGUGUAAGAUGGUGAUUUGGCCCUUAUCUGUCUUCCAUCUGGUGAUGUUGCGAAACCCAGUAAGCACAGCACCCCACCAUGGCUCGUUUCUCCUUUGCCUACUGCCGGUCUCACCUCUCUGCUCAGUGCCAGGCAACAUGUUAGACAGGAUGAGAGUGAAAGGAGCCUCAGGCAGACGGUGCCCAAUGGCAGUGUGGGGCGUUGGGGCCGCUCGACUUGGGCAGCCAGGAGGUGAGGCUCGGCUGCUACUCCCUUUCUUAAAGAGACUUCCAAGUCACAUGCAACUGACCAGAAGCAAGCAAACUAACCACGUUGGUGGUUCACACUGUCUUACUAUAGAGAAGUAACAGGACCCAUCAGAGCCUGCACUGACCAACAAAAUAAACACGUUGCCAAGAUGAAUCGGUCUCUAGUUCUCUUCACCGGUUUUGCUACAGAAAGCAAUAGUUCCUCAUUUGACCCACCACCCAGCUCUCCCCUUUGAAACACGUCAGGACCAGGCCCUACCCCACGCCCCUCUCCAACGGUGAAACAGAUGUUAAACUGCUCAUAUAAAGAUUAUGUUAAUACUUAUUCCAGGUUUUAAAACAAUCCACUUUUGUUAUAUACUGUAAUUUAAAUAAAUUGCAUUUACAUACCUAGUUUCUGUAAUAUUGUGUAUACAAAACCAAAAUUGCUCAAGAUGUAAAUUCUGUAUACCUGCCAAGACACCUUCUCCAGGGUGUCUGCACAUUUUAAGUUAAUCCAUAAUAUAACAAUGACUCAAUGUGACUGUUGAUUUGCUGAACUUUACAUAUCACAAAGUGAAUCAUUUGUGAUACUUUAGUUAAUAAAAUGGUGAUUUUUUUUUUUCUGAGUUAUUUAACAAGCAAGCAUUACCCAGGGUGAUCGGGCAAUGACUUUGUGUGUGGACCACAAAUAUCGGUUUUUCCCAUUAACAAAAUUUUUUGUUUUUUUAGAAACUGUUUCACACUAUAGUUUGUGUAACGUGUUCGCAUUAUCUAUGUUUCUGUUACUUUUGUGCUUUUAUUCUUUUUAGACUUUAUUAAAAACAUAAAGAGAAAAACAAGCUCCUGUAAUCUGCACUUUCUCCCAAUCCUUAACAUCUCUUGUAUGGCAACCAAAAUUACUGUAAAAAGAAAAAAUAAAUAUACUAUUGCACUAAG